UCGCCUCAGUCUGCAGCAGGAAGCGAUGGCAGCAGGCGAGACCCAGCUCUAUGCCAAAGUCUUCAAUAAACUCAAGGGCCGCAGCACCCCUUCCCUCCUGGACCCCCUCCUGAGCAUGGGCUUCCCAGCGCACACCGCGCUCAAGGCAUUGGCAGCCACUGGAAGGAAGACGGCAGAGGAGGCGUCAAACUGGCUACACUGCCAUUGCAAUGACCCUUCUCUGGACGACCCCAUCCCCCAGGAGUACGCCCUGUUCCUCUGCCCCACCGGUCCCCUGCUGGACAAGCUUCAAGACUUCUGGAGAGAAAGCAGGCGGCAGUGUGCCAAGAACAGAGCCCACGAGGUCUUCCCUCAUAUAACGCUCUGUGACUUCUUCACGUGCGAGGACCAGAAGGUGGAGUAUCUAUACGAGGCACUGAAGAGAGCUGGGGACAGGACCCUGUGCGCAUUUCCCUCGGCUGUGCCUCUGGUUCUCCAUUCUUCCAUUAGCUACCUGGGCUUCUUUGUGGACGACAGCCCCGCAGACAUCAUCCGGGAAUUUGCUGUGAUGUUCGCCACAGAAGCCUCCGUCUUGGCAGACUGCACGGUGAAGCCUUGCACCAAGCAGCUGCAUCUCACCCUGGCCCACAAGUUCUACCCUCACCACCAGAGGACGCUGGAGCAGCUGGCCAGAGCCAUCAACCCCAGCCACAGCUGCCAGUGGACAGCCGCGCUCUACUCCCGGGACAUGCGCUUCGUACACUACCAGACCCUGCGGGUCCUGUUCCAGUACAAACCCCAGAAUGUGGAUGAAUUGACGCUCAGCCCUGGGGACUACAUCUUUGUGGACCCCACACAGCAGGAGGAAGCCAGCGAGGGCUGGGUGAUUGGGAUCUCGCAGCGGACGGGCUGCCGGGGCUUCCUGCCAGAGAACUACACAGAGCGAGCCAGCGAGUGUGACACCUGGGUGAGACACAGGACAUACACCUUCAGUGUAGCCCCUGACCUGAGCUCCAGAAAGGACGGCGAGGCCAGCAGCAGACGGAACGGGGAGCCCAACCCACCAUCCUCGUCCAGGAGCCUCAGCAGCCUGCAGUCCCUACAGGCCACGAUAGUGAGGAGAAGCGUCCUGGUGGUACGCCAUGGGGAGAGGGUGGACCAGAUCUUCGGGAAGUCCUGGCUGCAGCAAUGUACAACACCCGAUGGAAGAUAUUACCGGCCAGACCUGAACUUCCCUCGCAGCCUGCCCAAACGGAGCCGCGGCAUCAAAGACUUUGAAAACGAUCCACCAUUAUCGUCUUGUGGAAUUUUCCAGUCCAGGAUGGCAGGGGAAGCUCUGCUAGACAGCGGCAUCAGGAUCGCCUCAGUCUUCAGCUCCCCCGCCCUCCGCUGUUUGCAGACGGCCAAACAUAUACUGAGAGAGUUCAAACUGGAGAAAAAAGUUAAGAUAAGAGUGGAACCUGGCAUCUUCGAAUGGACCAAAUGGGAGGCCGGCAAAACAACCCCCACCCUCAUGACCCUGGAAGAGAUGAAGGAGGCGGAUUUCAACGUCAGCCUGGAUUACAGGCCCGCCUUCCCCCUCGCCUCUCUCCUGCCAGCCGAGAGCUAUGAUGAUUAUGUGCACAGGUGUGCAGUGAGCAUGGAGCAGAUCGUCAGCACCUGCCCACAGGAUGGCGUCAUCCUGGUUGUGGGCCACAGCUCGGCGCUGGACACCUGCACUCGCCCACUGCUCGGGCUGCUGCCCCGGGACUGCGCGGACUUCGCCCAGCUCGUGAGAAAGGUCCCGUCUCUGGGUAUGUGCUUCUGCGAAGAAAACAAAGAGGAAGGAAAAUGGGAGUUGGUGAACCCACCCGUGAAGACGCUGACUCACGGCUCCAACUCUGCAUUUAACUGGAGGAACUGGAUCCAGGGCAACUGAUGCCACCUCUGUUUGCAUGACUCACAUUGGAGAGAAGGGACUCCGCAGAGGCCGUGAGGUACUGCUAUCUUGAAGGGACGCUGGUCUCCCCAAGGUGAUUCACAGAAGCACAAAACGCACUUUCAGACACCGGAGUGUUGGUCAUCUGCCAACCGCCACCCUGCGAGCUAGGCUGUGGGGACACCAUCUUGUACCCUGUGCAUUGGCCGUGACACUUGGCGGGGGAUGAGGACCCGUGACUCUGGUUCCAGACCCACCCCAAGCCUACCCCAGGAAAAAUUCCACUUUAUAUGUUUUUGUCAAGUUCCCAGCUAGUUUUCCUUUUUCUGUUUCAAUCACUCUUGGGCUGUUUCCACACAGGCUGAAGGAGGUAAAAUAUUGAAUAAAAUGGUGCAAGGAAACCA